UGUUGUUGCCAAAGGCCUGCUGUAGCCCUCCUUCAUGGCUUUGUAUUACUGUAAUUUCCUACUGUGAUUACGUUUACAGGCAAAACAGUGUUGUUAUUUUUUUGUAAAUAAAACUCAAAUUUCUAAAUAUAAUUUCAGAUAACCGAAAAAAGCUGAAAUAAAAUGUAAAUAUAGGAAACAAUGAACGUAAAAUGUAAAUAGUAAAACGCUGAAGAACAGAACUAUAAAUAAAAAUUAAAAUAGCUGUAAUAAAAUUUUUAAAUAGCUGUAAUAAAUGCUACAACAGUUUAUAAUUACCAUUCAAAUAACACCAAGGCAAACGAAUCAGGGUCAGCGCCGAUCCUGUUUUUAUAAAAAGGUAUUUGUCGCCAUCUAACGGUGUGAUGCUGUAACAACAGCGGAAAAUUGGGUUAAAAUGUAGUGACGUCAGACGCAGAAGAGCGUCGCUGUAUUUUCGUCAUCGAUCGCAGGUGUCUCUACCGGCCAUCUGGAAGGAGUUACAGUACGUACUUAGAUAUUGACCAGGCUGGAAAAUUGGCAAGGACCAGCAACCACUUCAGAAUGACAUUGGGAGCUGUUGCCUCUGUGAUCCUCGCCAUAGGAGGAGCCGCGGUGUUUUCUGCUCUUCAUAAGAUUGAAGAAGGACAUGUGGGUGUUUACUACAGAGGUGGAGCUCUGCUGACCAUCACCAGUGGUCCUGGCUUUCAUCUGAUGCUGCCGUUCAUUACUUCAUUCAAGUCCGUACAGACAACCCUACAAACAGAUGAAGUAAAGAAUGUUCCAUGCGGCACAAGUGGAGGUGUGAUGAUCUACUUUGAUUGCAUUGAGGUGGUAAACUAUCUUGUUCCCUCAGCAGUUUAUGGCAUUGUGAGAAACUUCACUGCCGACUACGACAAGGCUCUGAUUUUCAACAAGGUACACCAUGAGCUGAAUCAGUUCUGUAGUGUGCACACACUUCAGGAGGUCUACAUAGGUCUAUUUGAUCAAAUAGACGAGAAUCUUAAGCUCACGCUGCAGCAGGAUCUCACCAGCAUGGCCCCCGGACUCAUCAUUCAGGCGGUCCGUGUCACCAAGCCAAACAUUCCAGAAAGCAUUCGCAGGAACUAUGAACUAAUGGAGAGUGAGAGAACGAAGUUACUGAUUGCAGCUCAGACUCAGAAGGUUGUAGAGAAAGAAGCAGAGACCGAGAGGAAAAAGGCUGUUAUUGAGGCAGAGAAGGUGGCUCAGGUAGCUGAAAUAAAAUUUGGACAGAAAGUUAUGGAAAAAGAAACAGAGAAAAAGAUCUCAGAAAUUGAAGACAGCGCUUUCCUUGCUAGGCAGAAAGCAAAAGCAGAUGCAGAGUUUUACACCGCACAGAGAGCAGCAGAGGCCAACAAGCUGAAGCUGACCCCUGAAUAUCUCCAGCUGAUGAAAUUUAAGGCAAUAGCAGCUAAUAGUAAGAUGUACUUUGGAAGUGAGAUCCCCCAUAUGUUCAUGGACGUGGGACUGGGAAGCUCCUCCUCAGCUACCUCCAAAGCUAUAGACGCCCUCUCAGAGGGCAUACUGGACCUGGAAUGAUGAGAGAAGUUGUGUUGUAGCACUGAGGAUAAAUGAACAGGUAAUAAAAGAGACGAAUGGCAAGUCAUUAGACUGCAUUGGUACAGUCAGUGCAGCUGAAACCACUUCAGUAAAGAAACGCGGUGCUGUAUCAGUGGGACCGAAACACUAUACCUGCAACUAUACCCUGGUGAGUGGAUCACAAGCCAGUGGUGGUUAACUAGAGUAUAAACCUUUUAAGUAGAACAGUGUGUGGGAAUGUGAAUUUGAAUGUGAGAUUAGAACUCAUGUAGACAUUUGUGCAUGAUUUAAAUGUUUUAAUAUACAUCAGGUUUGUAAAACUAAAGACGCAUUAAUUUUUUCACACUGAGGAAAUUUUUUGAUGUUCUUUCAAGACAUCUUAGUGUCUUGGAGGCUUUUAUACCUCAGGGAUUUAAAGAAUUAAAAACAGAAUAUGGACUGGAUUAAAAUAGUGUUCUUAAUUGUAUUGCCAUUUGAAUUUUUACUGACUCGGCCGACUGUCCUUUUUUCGCCCCAUUGAGUCAGUAAAAAUUAAAAUAAUUUGGCAAAAACAUUUAGAACACCAUCCAAGAACACUAUCAAGAGUUCAAGAGUUAACAAUUUAUAGUGAGGAAAUGGUUGUAUGAACCUACAAAAUCGUAAGGUCAUCUAAAAAAUGGUGUAGCAUUGCUUUUAUCGUUAAAUAUAAAGUUCAGCAUCAUUUGUCACUUUUAUCAGUUGUGUGCAGUUUUUUUCCCAGAGGAGUGUAAUCGAAUAUACUCUCUAGCCAUUUUCACGUUUCUGUGGAUAUGGGAGACUAUAUAAAAAAAAUCUUUGUUGCUAUCUCACCACUGAACUUGAAGCAUGAAGCAUGUCUGGGCAGUUUCUGACACAUGGAAGUGUUUGAUUAUGCUCGAUGUUGUUAGUCAUACAAUGGGGAAAAUAUUUAGUAAUCCACCACUGGUUUUGUAAGUUUGCCCACUUACAAAGAAAUUAAGGGUCUGUAAUUAUUAUGGUAAGUUUAUUUUAAGGUAUAGAGACAGAAUACCAACCAAAAAAAUCCAGAAAAAAAAACAUAUUAUAUAAAUGUUAGAAAUAAGUAUUUGUUUGCCAAGCAAAACAUUAGUACUUGGUGCAGAAACCCUUGUUGGCAAGCACAGAGGUAAGAUGUUUUUUCAGGUUUGCACACAUCUCAGGAAAGAGUUUGGUCUUUUAUAGAUCCUCUUUAAAUCCUUAAGGUUUCUUGGCUGUUGUUUGGCAACUCAAAGUUUCAGCUCCAGUGUUUCUUCUUGAGCCACUCCUUUGUUGCCUUGGGGGUAUGUUUUGGGUCAUUGUCAUGCUAGGAGACCCAUCCAUGACCCAUCUUCAGUGUUCUGACAGAGGGAGGGAGGUUCUCUUCCAAGAUUUUACAGUAAAUGGCCCCAUCCAUUUGUCAGUCAAUGUGUUGAAGUCAUCCUGUUCCUUUAGCAGAAAAACAACCCCAAAGCAUUUCUCUCCCUCCGAACACGGCGAGUCAAGUUAAUGCCAAAGAGCUCAAUUUUAGUCUCAUCUGAUCCCAGCACUUUCUCCCAAGCAAACACUAAAUCUUUAUAUGUUCUUUGGCAAACUUUAAACGGGCCUGUAAAUGUGUCUUUUUGAGCAUGGGGACCUUGCGGGUGCUGCAGGAUUUCAGUCCAUUUAAUUGGUAAUGUGUUACCAAUGUUUUGCUUGGUGAAUGUGGUCCCAACUGCCUUAAGAUCAUUUACAUGCUCCUCCCGUGUUGUCCGAGGCUGAUCUCUCACAUUUUUCUCAUGAUCAUCCUUACCCCAUUAGGCAAGCUCCAGACCAAGGCUGAUUAAUGGUUGUUUUGUACUUCUUACACUUCUGAAUAUUCGCACCAACAAUUGUCUCCUUCUCACCAAACUUCUUGCUGAUGGUCUUGUACAAUCUUGUAAUUUAAAUAGCAGAGUAGCGGCCGGAAAAGACGAAAACGAAUCAAAGCCGUAGGGAAAUACCCAGAAUUAUAUGCAACCAACCAUAGAUUCUUUCAAAGACAACAUAAGGAAGUCAUAAACGUGGAGAAAGAUAGUGUUUGUCGUCAGUUUUUCAGGUAAGAAUGUCUAAUUUUUUGAUCUGAGGUAAAAUGUUCAGUGACAGUCCUUAGAAACAUUAAGAAAUAAACGUACCUAUAAAAAAAUGUCUUCUUUGUUUUUAUUGAGCAAACAAAUCAGUAUUAGUAGCUACAGCGUUAGAAAUGUUGAAAUUGCUUAUAAUAAUACAAAACAAUUGAUGAAUGGCAAUCUAGAAUGCUAAUGAUAAUCUAGACUAAAUUAUAACACACAUUCUUUUCAUUAAUUAACGUUCAAAACUUAGCUAUUAUCAAUUAAAAUAAUAUUUAAAAUAAUAAUAAUAAUAAACAUUAAGUUAAAUCUCAUUAAUCUUGCUGCUUAGAACUUGAUUCGAUUUUGAGCGAUAUUGAGUAUAGAAAUUGCACGUCCGGUGUGCAAUACCUCGAGUUGUCCUACGUGUGGCACGGCGCUGCGCUUCUUGUCCGGUGUGCGACCCUCUUUAUACAGCUAACAAGAUGACAUCAGGAGUAACUUCUUAAAGUGGCAGGACCAAUCGGUGUUCCACAUGGGCACAUAACCAAUCUGUGGGGAGCCAGAAUUCGUGCUGGUUGGUAGGGGGUCAAAUACUUAUUUCACUCACUGAAAUGCAAAUAAACUUCUAACCUUUAUAUAAUGUGUUUUUUAUGGAUUUUUGGGUUGAUAUUCUGUCUCUAUCCGUUA